AUGGUGAUUGCGGGUGCGCCUGAGCCGACGCCAGAGCUCGCUGCCUCCUGGUCGGCAAUGGUCUCCAGGCCUCCGUCUGAGCCCGAAAGGGCGACCACGGCGACGAAGCCCCCUCUGCCUCCGGCUCCGAAGCCCUCGACAGCAUCCUCUGAAAAGAUUCCCCCCCCCGGACCCGCGGCUCUCCUUGUCGCGGAUGCGCCUGGUCCAACGGCGACUGUUGACGCUCCGACUCCUGCACCUGCCGCUGCUGUUCCCUCUGCCCAGCCAGUGCCGGCUGAGCCCCAGGCGUCCCCUACUACACCCCCGGUGUCUGUCGCCGACCCCUCGGCUCCCUUGCCUGCGGGACUUGUUGCCGCACCUGAGUUGCCGACUCCUGCCUCUGUCUUGUCCCCGCAAGCGGCGUCCGCCACCACUGGCGGCCCGGCCCCGUUGGUUGCGCUACCGGGUGGUGGUCCGGCUGCACCUGCUGUGCCACCGACUGCUCCUGUGGCGCAGCUGUCUCGCCCGCCGUCUCCUGGCCGCCGCCCAUCUCGCCCUCAUUCUCCCGCUCCCCAGCAGGAUCGUCAGACAUCUCGGCGUCAGCGCAAUUCUCCACGUCGCCCGCAUCAGCAAGCUCAGUGGCAUGCGAACCACGGCGGCCGCGGUGGCUGGUGGGGUCCCCGCGGUCGCGGAGGUGGUGGGGCGUACGAUCCGCCUGUGAGGAUGGCGGAUCUGCAGCGGGCGGUGUCAACUGCGCCGCCUGCCGCACCCGUCCCGCAUCAGAAUACUGCCCCGUCGGCUCCCGCUGCUUCUGCCUCUGCUCCUGUUCCGCCUGUGGCGGGAGUUGAAUAUGUGGCGGCGGGGGGGGGAUCGCAGUACCCCCAUCACGGGGUUGGCGGUUCCGCAACUCCCGCCCUCGAGGAGCCGUUUCAGUUUCUGGCGCAGGCAUUACAGCCUCCGCAGUCCCGCGUUCCAGAGUCGACUCUCGCCCAGCUCUUCCGCCUCGCGGAAAGCUUUCACGCUCUGCUCCUAAUCCAGGUUCUCGCGCAUUCGUCACUUCCUGCAGUUCCCUCCGAGACGUUCCAGGAUCGCCAUCGCGAGUCGUGCCUUGAUGCAGCCGACCAGCUCGCCGUGCUGCUGGCGCCCGUGCUGGCUGCGCCCGUAGAGGGUGGAGUUGCGGCUGCUGGGCAGCUCGAUGAGGCUGUACGCUGCCUGAGGCGCCAUUUGCGUGCUGGUUCUGGAGCCGCCGCGAUCGGCGCAAGCACGCUUGUGGUCCGGGAGCUGUGGCGCUCCCUGACGGGCGUUCUUAACGCCCUCGGAGCUCACCGCAUGUAG